AAGAAGAAACAAAGGGUGCACAAAAAAAUAAAAUUAAAGAAGAAACAAAGAAGCUCGAGGGAAAAGGAGAAGGAAAGUGGGGUUAAGGAGCAUGUGAUAUGAUCCCUCAACAUGUGGUCUUCUUUUUCAACCCUUUUGCUUUCUUUCUCUUCUCUCAUUAUCAACACACACUCAUAUGUAUAUAGUUAUAUCGAUCAGUGUUAAACUCAAUCUGGCACUCAUAUCUACGCAGCAUCUUUUGGUACCAAAGACGUGUGGGGAUACUUCAUGAUGGGGGGGGGAGGGGGAAGGAGGGGAAAUAGGGUAUGGAGCUAAAUAUAGGAAACAUGGUGGAUAGGGAGUACAAAUACUCUAGUUCUUACAUGUUGGAAAAGGUUAGAGAUAUUAUUCAAUCAGUAAUAUAUAACUGAAAUAGUUUUAUAAUCAACAUAACUUAUCUAAAAAUUUCACCAUUAUAUAGAAGAAGAAAAAAUUAAGUGCAGAUAUUACAUGUAACUCAAAACGAAUUUUAUUUUCUAUAUUUUUAUGUUCUUGUUUUUGAAAUAAAACCUAUAAAAAUUAUUUAACUGGCUUUUUACAUACAUAUUACUAUUAUAUCCUUAAUAUUAUUUUAUCUCUGUAAAUGUAAGUUUCUGUAUCCGCGAAGCAGUUGUUAAGUAUUCUAAAUGGAGCUCAAACUAAACAAGAAGCGCUUAAGGAUUUUCCAAAUUUUAGCAAGAAAAAAAACAUUAAGGAUUUUAGGCGUAUAUUACGUGUAUGUAUAUUAAAUUAAUAUUUAAUACAUUUUGCUUGCAGUACACACUACCAAAAGUAACUGCACCUGCUUGUGUCUUACUUCAACUGUUAUUUCACUCUUUUGGAAAUAUACUCCCCCUGAUUAUUUCAGUACAAAACACCAGAAAAGGGAAAGUUAUCACAUGCAUUGUUCUGGAGGUUUUGAUUCCUUCCCCUCAACGGCCCUCACCUUCACCUCACAUUGUAUUUCCAAUACCUAUUACGCUUUUUAUUUGCUUAUUUUGAUCGAAAAAUUAAGAUUACUCAUAAUUAAGAAAAGGCAAACGAUAUUGUUUUUUUUUUGUUUUAAGUUAAUCAUAGUUUGAGUGUAAAAUUACAAUACAAGAAAAUACCCAAAUGGAUUUACAAAGGUAAUGAAACAGUAUAUAUGUGUUCGUCUUCGUCGUCGCAUAUGAGCGAUCAAAGCAAAAUUGGUGACUACAGUUUUGUUGCAAUUCGUGGCACAUUAUAUUUCCUCAAUCAAAUGUAUCAUAGUUGCAUCUGUAGGUAGGCCCGGGCCCUGUUGAAUCUGAGUUUGGUUAGGUCGAAUGAAAUGAAACUAAACUCGAUUUGUGGGUUCUUCAAAGACGUUUUAUUGAACGGUAUGAGAUAACGAACGUGAUUACAAGGAGUUUUAAGGAAAAGAAACAAGGUCGGAGCUUUUGAAAGCACCGACGAGAAUACAACGAGGUUCGAUCGGUUGUUAAACCCUAAACCUUGCCGUCAGUAUUUUAGUCUCUCUUUUCGGAUCCCCUUCUCUUUCCCUUCUCUCGUCCUUUUAUAGCCUCAGUUCGUUUAUCCUUCGUUCGCCCUAAGUCUAGCUCGCCCUAGAGGCCCAGGCCCGAUGUUGCGACCCAGGACGUGCUUGAACACUUUGGACGAGCUGGACGACGUAAAACUCACUUGGGCGUGUUGGUCGAGCUGAAUCGGACUGACACUUACCUAGGCGAGCUGGUUCAGCUGAAUCAAAGUGACACUUACCUAGCUGAGCCGGAUGAGCUGAAUACUCAAGUAAGCUGGACUGACACUAUCAUGUACGAGCUGAGCUGGACUAACACUCAUCUGGACGAGCUGAACAAGUUGGUUCGAUCUUCCGAGCUGGUUCGACCACCCGAGAAACAACAAAUGGCCAACCUUCUUUCUGAUGGAACAACGACCAAUUCAAUCAUUCCAAAGGUUAUUAUUCAUACUAAAGAUGUCCAAGAAAGCAUUGGGCCUGAUGGUUUUCUGGAAGAUUCAAAAACAUGUCUUUUUGGGCUAAGUAGAGAAGCCAAUAAAAAAUUGGCUAAGAGAAAAAGAUGGAUUUCGACCAGGCCUUAAGGAGACAUGUCUUGGCCCAUUUCAGGAGUAUAUUCUUCACUUUACCAAGUCAAGGUCGUGAAUAUAUCAAGAGACAGUCCAAGUUUCAGUCAAAGACUUUAUUUAGUCAAGUCUUUGUUUCAAUUUUCAAUGUCUUGUUUUUAGCACAUUCUUCUUUGAAUUUGUACAACUUGUAAACCUAUAAAUAAGGCCUAAGAGCCACGAAAUAAGCCAGACUAUUUUGAUUAUAAACUUGUUUUCUUUGAGAGUGAUUCUCCUUGUUCCUUUGGAACAUUUCGAUCUUUUAGUGUGAGGCUAAAGAUCAAAUCGGCAUAUCAGGAGUUAUUCCGCAAACUCUUGUGUGACCAUUCUAUCACCAAAGAGUGUUGUGUAGUGUUUAAAUAGUUCAGGUGCUGAGUUCUUACACUCUUCAUUGGUUCUACACGAAGCAAAAUCCUAAGGUUCACUUAUCUUCUGAAGAAUCGUCGCUAGCAUCAGGCACUAGGUUUAAUAUACCUCAUGUUGGAUCUACACGAGUCUAAAGAAGCUUAGGAUUAUCCCAUUACAACCUUGGAGUGAAAGGUCUUGGACAGAUCCGAACCAAGUCAUCAAUAUCUUGGCCCGGGUCGCAUCAAGUGGUAUCGGAGCAACACACCCAAGCUCGGUAAUUCUAUCUUUUCAUCUUCUCAUCUUUCCACCAUUUCUUAAGCACUUUUUCUCUAUCUAUCUGUUGUAAGGAAACCUAGCCAGCUUGGUAACCUUAUUUUAAAAAAAAACAAAAGAAAGAAAAGAAAAAAAAGCAAAAAAAAAACUAAAGAAAGAAAAGGGAUCGAAGAGAAAUCCGAUCAGACCGAGGAGAAAUCUGGUCUCAAGCUUCGUAAAAUCGGUUUCCGAAAAAAAUCUUGCAAUCUGUCUAUCUUCUUCUUCUUCUCUUGAUUUACCAUUUGAUUCUUUGUGUUGGCACUGAGGUUGAUUGUUAGUUCCCCUGGAACUUGGAGAUAUUCACUAGAGAAUCACUUGUGAGAGAGAUAAACACUUUCGAGAGAAACACUUGUGAGAUCUUGUUGCUCUUAACGUUUGUUAAGUGAUUUCAGGAACAAGAUGUUUGGAUUACUAAGAAGAAGCAGCCAGGAGCAGAUUUCACAGCAUGAACGAUUCAAUUCUUCUACUAAAGCUUUCUUAGAGAAAAAGCAAAAUGUUAUGAAAACAGAAUAUGCAAAUGCUUCUAACAAUUUUUUUUCGGUGCAGGAAAGGACACAGCCAAGAAGACCACUGGAGAGGCUUACUAGCAGACACAGAGAGCAGUCUAGACCAUCCAGGGAUGAUGCAGUUCAUGAUCAUAGGCGUGAUGAUCAAAGAAGUUACCACAGAUCUAGAAAACUCGAUGAUCGGUUCAGUAGAAACCAACAGUAUGAUGACUGUGAGAAAAGGUUGUUACCAGCACUUCAGGUCGUGGAAGAGAGCAACAGAAAGAGAAAAUACACGUCCCCAUCCUCAAGAUCUGAAGCAGUGAGCCAAAGUCCAAGUUAUUCUAAGGAGAAAUCGGCUGGACCAAAACCAAAAACAGAACCGCUUUCAUCACUUAGCCAAGAAACCAGAGGUACUUUCAAAACUUCUAAUUUUAUUUGUGCUGAUGAAUCUGUUAAGUGUCAUGGCAGGAGUCAGGCCACCAAGGAUGUGCCCAUGGAGCUUAAUAAAAGCAAUGAAGAAAGCAAAGAGCAACUUGAGAACUUGUUUCAGACGGGAGUUUUGGUUCAGAAUAAAGUGCGCAGUAUGAUCAUUGAUGGAGGCAGCUGUGCCAAUGUGGCGAGUUCAACAAUGGUGAAGAAACUUGGUCUGGAAACAAAGAAGCGUCCACAGCCUUACAAGCUUCAAUGGUUGACAGAUAAUGGAGAAAUGAAAGUGACCAGAGAGGUUGUGGUAUCCUUUUCCGUUGGGCGCUAUGAAGAUGAAGUUCUUUGUGAUGUUUUGCCUAUGGAAGCCACUCACAUUCUUCUAGGGAGGCCAUGGCAGUUUGAUCGCCAAGUUACUUAUAAUGGACUCACCAACCGGUUCUUAUUCCUGUUCAAAGGUAAGAACAUCAACUUAGUUCCCUUGUCUCCAUCGGAAGCACUACAAGAUCAGCAACACUUGAGCAAAAAGAAAGAUCAGGCUGAUUGCCAAACCGUGAAGCCACGAACCUUCCUUAGAAACGCCUUGAAAGCUAAGUGUUUACUUCCCUCUUCUUAUUCUGAUGUUGUGCUUGAAAAUAAACAGACUAGUGAUGAACUUACCCAUGUUAAACCGGUACAGUCGAGUAGUCUUGUUUCUUUUUCACAAGAAUUGAAAGAAACCCCAACAGAAGAAGCACAAAAGAGUCCAGCACCAGAGAAACUGUUGGAGCAAUCAGCCAGCACUGAACCAAGGGUGAUUCCUCAGUCAAUCUCCUGUCAAAGCCGAAAGCACCGAUAAACGGAUUUGAGGUCAAAUCCUCUACAAGAAAGGGAGUAUGAUGCGACCCAGGACGUGCUUGAACACUUUGGAUGAGCUGGACGAAGUAAAAUUCACAUGGGCGAGCUGGUCCAGCUGAAUCGGACUAACACUUACCUAGGCGAGGUGGUCGAGCUGAAUCAAAGUGACACUUACCUAGCUGAGCCGGAUGAGCUGAAUACUCAAGUAAGCUGGAAUGACACUAUCAUUUACGAGCUGAGCUGGACUAACACUCAUCUGGACGAGCUGAACAAGUUGGUUCGAUCUUCCGAGCUGGUUCGACCACCCGAGAAACAACAAAAGGCCAACCUUAUUUCUGAUGGACCAACGACCAACUCAAUCAUUCCAAAGGUUAUUAUUCAUACUAAAGAUGUACAAGAAAGCAUUGGGCUUGAUGGUUUUCUGGAAGAUUCAAAAACAUGCCUUUUUGGGCUAAGUGGAGAAACCGAUAAAAAAUUGGCUAAGGGAAAAAGAUGGAUUUCGACCAGGCCUUAAAGAGACAUGUCUUGGCCCAUUUCAGGAGUAUAUUCUUCACUUUACCAAGUUAUGGUUGUGGAUAUAUCAAGAGGCAGUCCAAGUUUCAGUCAAAGACUUUAUUUAGUCAAGUCUUUGUUUCAAUUUUCAAUGUCUUGUUUUUAGCACAUUCUUUUUUGAAUUUCUACAACUUGUAAACCUAUAAAUAAGGCCUAAGAGCCAUGAAAUAAGCCAGACUAUUUUGAUUAUAAACCUUUUUUCUUUGAGAGUGAUUCUCCUUGUUCCUUUGGAACAUUUCGAUCUUUUAGUGUGAGGCUAAAGAUCAAAUCGGUGUAUCAGGAGUUAUUCCGCAAACUAUUUUGUGACCAUUCUAUCACCAAAGAGUGUUGUGUAUUCAGGUGUUGAGUUAUUACACUCUUCAUUGGUUCUACACGAAGCAACAUCCUAAGGUUCACUGCUUCUCUUCUGAAGAAUCGUCGCUAGCAUCAGGCACUAGGUUUAAUAUACCUCAUGUUGGAUCUACACGAGUCGGAAGAAGGUUAGGAUUAUCCCAUUAC